UUACAGUGACUUCUGAAUCGCGCCUGCUGCUUGCUGGGAAACGAGGUCCUCCACCAGGGCUGUUGUCUUGCUGCUGACGAAAGCUGUCGUGACACAGAGCAAGGCUUGGAGAUCCGAGGUGCUCCGUGGCUGCACACUCUGAGUUCUCGUCGCCAGGAUGGGGAAACAGAACAGCAAGCUGCGGCCCGAGGUCAUGCAGGACUUGCUGGAAAGCACAGACUUCACAGAGCACGAGAUCCAGGAGUGGUACAAAGGCUUCCUGAGAGACUGCCCCAGCGGACAUUUGUCUAUGGAGGAGUUUAAGAAAAUAUACGGGAACUUUUUCCCUUACGGGGAUGCUUCCAAAUUUGCAGAGCACGUCUUCCGCACCUUUGACGCUAAUGGCGAUGGGACAAUAGACUUUAGAGAAUUCAUCAUCGCCCUCAGCGUGACAUCGAGGGGGAAGCUGGAGCAGAAGCUGAAGUGGGCUUUCAGCAUGUACGACCUGGAUGGGAACGGCUACAUCAGCAAGGCGGAGAUGCUGGAGAUUGUGCAGGCCAUCUACAAGAUGGUUUCCUCUGUAAUGAAAAUGCCUGAGGACGAGUCCACCCCGGAGAAGAGGACGGAAAAGAUCUUCCGCCAGAUGGACACCAACAGAGACGGAAAACUCUCCCUGGAGGAGUUCAUCCGCGGGGCCAAAAGCGACCCGUCCAUCGUGCGCCUGCUGCAGUGUGACCCCAGCAGCGCUGGCCAGUUCUGAGCUUGCACCCCACGAGUCCCGAGCUGCUUGUGUCCUUUUCCACUCUUCUGUGUAAUGAGUUGUUUUUUUGCCAAACAAUAUUGAUGGUGGCGCUGUCCCCUGUGCAGUUGGAUGCACCUUCUCCCGUGAUGCCCUCGCCUUCAGCUUCGUCGUGGUGGUGGACGCUUCAUGGGAACACAGAGCCCCGUGUGCUUGUGGAGAGCAUGAACAGAUGUCCUAGUGUCAUUGUUUCGUGACUUUCUAGCUAUGAUUAUUAUUUGUUCUUUGGAUCCUAAUGUCUCUGUUCUAAAACCUAAGACUUGGAGGGCAGGGGAGGGGAUCCCAUCCAGCCCGGUGAUUCUACUGCAAGCUUUGGGGGCUUUGUUCAAAAGCCCAAACCCAGCUGGGUUUGCUGUCGCACUCACCCUGGGGACCACAGAUGGAGCCAGAGGCUGGAUUCCCUGAGGACAGGUCACCCUUUGGGCCGGGGCUAUUCCAGGGCACUAGGGCAUCCCCGUGAACCGCACUUCACGGCCCCAGUAGGCUGUAGUUUCUAAGCUGUGAACAUUUCAAGGUCAACUAGAGGAGGGGUGGACUAAGAGGGCUCAGCUGUUCUUUUUCACACGUUUACACUCCUUGAGUAAUAUGACUUUCUUCAGAAAUCAAACACAAAGGGUAACAUAUUCCAAACCCAGACCCAUCUUGUUGCCUAUUGUGAUUUUUUAAAAAAGAAAGAAAAAGAAAGACUGCUGUAUAUAAAAUCCUGGGUAUUACAGACCAAACUGAGUGUUGUAAAUGCCUUGUAAUGCCUUGUACAUGCAUGUUUAGCAAGCACGAAUACAAUCUAAUUACAGAAGAUGGUUUUUAGUAGCUUAUUGUGAAGUAAGCCAGCCACAGUGAAUGUCUAUGUCUUGUUUUAAACUCAUAUCUGUCUUUGCACAGCGUACCAAUCAGCAAGUAUAUUUUAUAUAUUCCAUAAAAGUUCCCAGUGGCCGUGACAAGGGCCCAGCUUUGAUUCCGUGUGGUUUUCCAGAGUCACAGUGGCUGGGGAACAGAAGCGGGACAGGUUAAGGAGUCGGGUCAGCUGCAGCAUCCGGAGGGUGACAUUUACGAGGCAGCUGAGGCUGUGAUUCUGGUUCACUGGUGGCGAGAGUGGAGGGAGGUGAGGCGCAUUUCUGACCAGAUGGGCACUGGCAGACUUGAAAGAAACAGCCUAGUUCUGGGGACUGCCCUACAGUCCCAGCACAUUUCUGGUCCCCGGCGGCCUUCACAGGGCCUGAGGUGGGGCAGUCAUUGAAUUCACUGUGAGAAGGCGGCACAAGUGUGUCUGGUGCCUGCAGUGCGCUGUGGGGAACCCAGCGGUAUCUCCGUCGCCGGGUUCUCUGAUGCAGAUUUCCGUUUCCAGCAGUGACAGGGCAAGUAUGACUUGCUGUUCGGGCUAGUCACCUCAUGCACACUACAAACUCCUGGUCCCAGCCAGGACAUAGUCUCACAGGCCACUGGCCCAGGGAGGUUUGACACCCAAGGUGAGGACCUGCCUUGCAGAAGGCUGGAGGUCUCCAGGGGCCCUGUCUGCUGCCGAACCACUUCCUGUAGGAUGGGAGCUACAGAGAGAGGCGUAUAACACGAGGAAAGCAAUACUGUGCCCAUCCCAGCCGCCUGUUUCCGGGUGUGGCUUGAGUCCCUUCUAGCUGUGGUCAGAAACCCAAAUGUGUAUGGUGGGCCAAAGUGGGCCAGCUGGGUUGUGUGAGUGUCUGAGGCCUGGACUCAGUCGUCCUGAUGUUCCUCUGAGUGUUAGCUCCUUGUGUUGCACGCCAGGACUUGCCGACUCCUCCACGGAGCGAGCAGUGAGGUCUGUUUUGGAGAAGUGGGGUACUGACCAGACCAGAGUGGGGAGGGCCUGGCAUGCUGUCAGUAGUGCCUGGGGGUUGUGUUUCACUUUUGCCUGCUCUGGGUCGAGUGUGUCCGAGCUCUUUCUGGCUUCCUGUGAUGAGUGGAGUCAGUGCUGGGGACGCUCGCCGGGGCCUGCCCUUGGUCCUGGCACCUUGUUGAGCAGCAGACAGGGUCCCCAGCAGCAAGGUCUCUAGCGGGAAUGAGGCCGCCGCUCCCAGAAGGCACGGAGCUUGUACAGAGCCGGGGAGCCCACACCCAGCUGUGUUUCCUCCAGGCCUGUUUUCCUCCUCCCCAGGAGGCCUUGGCACAUCUGACCCAAUGCAUUCGAGUUUGGACCUGGAACUGGCCAGCUGGCAGAGGCCCGGAUGGCUGCAGGUCCCUGUCACUCUGUGGGGCGGGCCUCGUCUCUGCUGUGUCCAGUGACCUCUGGAAGCGGAGUCUCUCCUGUCCCCCGUGAAGCCCACUUGUGUGUCCAGGGGACUGGAAGUGGCUCAUGAGCUGGGCGACGCUGCAGGAUGCUCGACUGCUCACCCUGCUGGGCCCGAGAGGGUGCUGCCCAUCCUGGCGACUCAGCCUGGGCACGAGUGUGUCCUAUGGUGAUCUGAGCAUAUCUAUGAAUCCUGUCUCAUCGAGUGGCCCUGUAUCAGCUGACUUUGUGUAGCUCUUGCCUGGCAUUAAAGCAUGCGGACUGUUUA